CGGCACGCCGCCGCCCGGCACCGACACCAGCAAGCCGUGGAACCCGGUCGACCCGACCGGCUCCGCGAACAUCACGGCCAACCCGACGGCAGCGGACAUCGACGGCACAUCCAACAUUGCGCAGUGGCUGCUGACGUACCACAACGUCCUGCGCGCGCAGUACGGCGCGGGCGCACUCAAGUGGGACGCGGGCCUGGCGCAGAAGAGCGCGAACUGGGCGCGCCGCUGUGUGUGGGAGCAUGAGUGCGUCCUCGAAGGGACAGACUGACGGCAGGGGCUUUGACAACCUCGCGCAGCAGAGCGCGAGGAACCUGCCGCUCAACUACGGCGUGGAUAGCUUCCUGGACAUGUGGGCGGACGAGUGGCCGCAGACGUUCGCCGGCGGCGACCCCGUCAACGGCCGGGUUGUCGUGCUCAACCACCUUACCCAGAUGGUGUGGAAGAGCGACACCGUGGUCGGGUGCAGCUGGAACGUCGACUGCACCGAGCCUGGCAUGGACCACUCGGUAUUCCUCUCUUGCGUCUACGGACCGGGCGGUAAUGUUGUCGGCCAGCAGGACCAGGAGGUUGGCAACUACAUCCCCUCCUAAGCUGCUGCUUGACUACUUCGUCGGGCGGCCUGGUGCCCCCGCAGCGUUAGACUGCAU